AUUUAGUAGGAAAUCGAUAGUAACAUACUGGCAGUACUAGCAAUUUCUUUUCCGAGUUUUGUUGGGAGACACGUGCGUGAUUUACGCCGAAAACUCUAAAAUAAGUAAAAAUGAGUGAAGGAACCGCGACAAUUCGCACGCGCAAAUUCAUGACCAACAGAUUGUUGGCGCGCAAGCAGAUGGUUUGCGAUGUUCUGCACCCGGGCAAACCUACGGUCAGCAAGACCGAAAUCAGAGAAAAGCUGGCGAAAAUGUACAAGGUGACACCUGAUGUAGUUUUCGUGUUCGGUUUCAAGACGAACUUUGGAGGUGGCAAGUCAACUGGAUUCGCGUUGAUCUACGAUACCUUAGAUUUGGCUAAGAAAUUCGAGCCCAAACACAGGUUAGCCCGCCACGGAUUGUACGAAAAGAAGAGGCCAACUCGCAAACAGCGCAAGGAACGUAAGAACAGGAUGAAGAAGGUGCGUGGCACCAAGAAAUCGAAGGUCGGAGCGGCCGCCAAGAAGUAAUGACGGUUUAGGCUGUAAGUAAAUAAAAUCCAAAAAAAAUA